GACCGCUGCUGGGAGCAGGCGGAGCCUUGGGGGGCGCGCGCCUGUGUGGGGGGCGCGCGAGCGAGCGGAGGCCCGCGCCCGGGACCGCCGAGUGACCCCGCGUGGAGCGGGCAGGGAAUGGCGAUCUGUACUGUCUCAGCCCGAAUCGGGUGGGAUACGGCCUGAGAUGGGGCGGAACCCCAACUAGGUAAACUCCGGACUCAAGUCAAGGCCCAGAGGCGGCUGAGACACGGAUCUGACCGAGACGCAGGGCUUCCCAUUGUCGGGGUUGAAGGGCUGUGGAAAUAGUAGAUAAGAUUUUCUCCGGGGUGAGGGCGGGAGUACCGGGACCCUGCGCAGCGCCUCGCGUCCUUUUUCAAAGAGCAAAAGUUACUGCUUCUCCAGUAAGGGGUUAUUUUUUACCCUGGACACCUGUCGCUUCUCUCUUUAACCUACUCAGGCAUCUCGGAAAGAUUUAAAAAUGGGUGAUGUUGAGAAGGGCAAGAAGAUUUUUGUUCAGAAGUGUGCCCAGUGCCAUACUGUGGAAAAGGGAGGCAAGCACAAGACUGGGCCAAAUCUCCAUGGUCUCUUUGGGCGAAAGACAGGUCAGGCCCCUGGAUUCUCUUACACAGAUGCCAACAAGAACAAAGGCAUCACCUGGAAAGAGGAAACACUGAUGGAGUAUUUGGAGAAUCCCAAGAAGUACAUCCCUGGAACAAAAAUGAUCUUCGCUGGCAUUAAGAAGAAGGCAGAAAGGGAAGACUUAAUAGCCUAUCUCAAAAAAGCUACUAAUGAGUAAUAGAUGGCCGCUGCCUUAUUUAUUACAAAACAGAAACGUCUCAUGCCCUUUUUUAUGUGUACCAUAUUUAAAUUGAUCUCAUACACUAGAAUUCAGAUCAUGUAUGGCUGAUAGAAUGUUUCUGUUGAACAGUCCUGAUUUAAAUAAGAUUGGCUUGUGGCUAAAUGGAUACAAAAGACUUUUGGUAGUAAUUCCAAUCCAGUAAGUGUUAUCCCUGUUUUCCCCUUCUAAAGAUAUGAUUGGACUUGAUUAGUGAUGUUCAACUUUUCACAGAGAUGGUGAAUGUCGUCUCAAAACCUAUAGGAGAUUGGUUUUAUAUUUAGAUUUAUAUAACUGGUUAUAGUAAUAUAUUGAAAUACUGAGGAGAUUACUGUUUCAUAGAACAGAGCAAGACUUACCUGUUCCAAGUUGUGUUCAUUAGCCUGUUAAAGGCAAAGGCUGAAGAUAAACUGACAAUGUCCACUUUAUCUUUUUGGUCUUAACUAUACCAAUUCAAUUAAAAUUCCCUAUAUCUAAAAUGUUGCCUUUUACUUAAUGAAAGGCAUUUUAGUGUGGUUUAUGUAUAAUUUCAAAUAAAGACUAUUUAACACUUCUGA